AUGAAUCCUCUCCAGCGCGCAGUCCGCCCCUCCACCGUCCGGCGCAUCCUCAAUGCCAACCUCGUGCCCCUCGCCAACACCACUACCACGCCAGCACGAUGGCAGAGGAACAGCAGCAGCAGUAACAACCAUGGCGCGCCAUACGAUCCCGUGUCACAAGGCGAGCUGGGUGUUGGCGAGCUCGAGGGCGCAAAGUUCAAGAUCGAACCUCUGCGGCGGACUGGCGAGGACGCCGAGACCAUGCGCGCAAGAUUGACAUACCAGUCCCGCAAGCGCGGCACCCUCGAGUCCGACCUCCUCCUCUCCACCUUCGCCGCCGCCCACCUGCCCAGCAUGACCCUCGCCCAGAUGCGCCAGUACGACCUCUUCCUCGACGAGAACGACUGGGACAUCUACUACUGGGCCACCCAACCCACCACCGCCCCUUCCUCUUCUUCUUCCUCCUCCUCCUCCUCCUCCUCCUCCUCCGCCACCAACACCCCGGCCGCCGGCCUGCAGAAUUCCGAACCCUACCUAGGCACCCAGGGCGCCGCGGAGGAGUGGGCGCAGACGGUGGGGACCUUCAAGCCCGCCUUCCGGCCUGUGCCUGCGCGGUGGAAGGACAGUGAGAUCCUCGGCCUGCUGCGGGCGCACGUGAAGACGCGGAGCGCGGCGGGCGUGCUGGGGAACCGGCGGGAGAGAGAGACGGCCGAGGGCAUGGCUUUUAUGCCGCCGCUGGGGGCGAGAAAGUAA